UGGCAACACUCACAGUGCUACGUGAUAAAAUGGCGGUUGCCGUGUUUCAUUUAACGACUUCAUAAAAAUAAUACUUUUUGUGACAAUUGUAGUGAUAAGGUUUAUAUUAUUUAUUGCCAGUUGACCCGUGAUAAUUAAUUAAUUAUUCAAAAAGUUAAAAAGGGCCUCUUAUAGUGUUUGUAAGAGUGCAAUGUCCGAGGAGACAGAUCGCCACGGCGAAGCGACGUGUGACAGCAGUGCAGGCGGCGGAGGCACGAAAGAGACGCGCGUGUUAUUGACCCCGCAUCAGCUCGAGAGCGCCUCCGCCGACUCGCUGCGCACCGCGUGGAGAUCCCAGGACUUGUACAUAGACCACCUCGAAUCUUUGAACAAACAGUUGGAAGGAAAUUUGGAAAAGGCGAAAGAAAUAGAAGAUAAGAUCAAACAGCAAUACGCGGAAUCACAACACAGAGAAAAGGUUCUGGUCAGGCGACUGGCUGCCAAAGAACAGGAAAUACAGGAUUAUGUUAGUCAAAUAACUGAAUUAAAAUCGUCAAACGCAAGUCUCAAUGGUCGACCUACACUUCUAGACCCUGCUGUGAACGUGUUAAUUUUACGAUUAAAACAAGAACUGACUUCCACAAAGGCUAAAUUAGAAGAAACUCAGAAUGAAUUAUCAGCAUGGAAAUUCACACCAGAUUCUAAUACAGGGAAAAAAUUAAUGGCAAAGUGUAGGUUAUUACAUCAGGAAAAUGAAGAUCUUGGCCGUAUGACCUCCAGUGGACGGAUAGCAAAGUUAGAAGGAGAUUUAGCAUUACAAAAAAGUUUAAGUGAAGAGGUGAAGAAGUCACAAUCAGAGAUGGACGAAUUUAUACAAGAACUGGACGAAGAUGUUGAGGGUAUGCAGAGCACGGUAUUAUUCCUCCAGCAGGAGUUACGGGCGACCCAUGCGACUGUUAACGGCAACAGGCCGCCUUCUCCCGCCGACAAGCGAACAUACUCGGGUAGUGAGUGUAGCGACGCGCCCGUCGGCAAACGGAGGCGAGCUUCGGUUCUCUCGCUUGACUAUAACGAGGAGGAGGAACCCCUGACGGUGACCAACGGAGAUGCCGAUUAGCCCAGGACUUCAGUGUUCCUCUUUAGAACACGAUUCUUACAUAUGAACUAGUGAAAUACGUGAGCUAUUAAUGUAGCAUAUCGGCCAUUUCGUUGACUCGAAAUUGUUUUAAUGAAUUUUAAUUGUGAGUGAUCAUUGUCUAUGUAUUGUUGAGGUGAUAUGCUGGUUCGGUGUCUAUCACUCAUUUCAAAACACGUGAUUGCUUAUCUAUUAGCACAUUUGAAGUACUUUCAUUAGAAGACAAACAUAUAGACAAGUAUACGUCAUUCCCAUUGACAAUUAAUUGGUGAUGAUUGUUGUGUCAAAUGUGAACACGAGACUAAGGAAACAUUUGGUAAAGUAUAGUUUGAGUUCUAUGCACAACAGUGGACCAUGUGACCAGACCUAAUAGUGAAAUCGUUUUUGACAUUGUUUUUUAUACAUGAAUAUUAAGACUCAGUUGACAAUUUUGUAAUUUAUUUAUAAUAAGUGAAAUAAUUGUGAUAUAUAUUAGAAAAUCAGAUGAUAUAUGAGCAAUGACAAUUGAUUUGUGUUGCUCUACACCAUUGUUUUACGGCAUUUAUUUUAUUUAUAUGCCACAAUCGGCGGUAAUGGUAAAAUUGAGCCCCUUUACAUGCAGCAAACAAUAAUUCCAAAACACCAACUUUAAUGUUUUAAUGAUUGUCACAUAUUUAUGAAAUUUACGAGUUUCUAUGAAAUGUUUCUAUUUUGAAAUUACAAUGAAUGUAUAUAGAGCUAUGUUAAUAAACAUAUAUUACAAGCAUA